AUGAGAAAGAAAAGAGCAGAAAAGGUUUUCGAGGAGUGGGAAUCCCAGAAUCUAGUACAUGAUAUCCGAGUUGCAAAUGCCUUGAUUGGUGCUUAUUCGAGAAAAUGUCUUGUGGAGAGUGCUGAAACCCUUGUUGACAAGGUACUAUCAAAAGGAUGGAAACCUGAUGCAUAUACAUGGUAUUAUUUGGCAACAAUGUAUCUUCAGAAUGAUCAAACGCCAAAAGCUGUGGAAAUGAUGAAGAAAGCAAUAGUGGUUUCGGGACCCAAGUGGAAACCAAGCAGCGACAGUUUGACUUCCUGUUUGGAGUACUUGAAUGGAGAGGGAGAGUUUGAGAAAGUGGAAAAAUUCAUAAAAUUACUUGUGGAUAAUGGUAUCAUUCCUGAUAGAUAUUCAGGAGAGAUUGUUGAAUCAUAUGUAAGAUAA